CACGCGCCGCCUACUAGGUCAUAGGAUUUUGCGGCUCCCCGGCCGGAUUGUCCGAUGAAAUACUCUCUGUUGAUGAGUAAUUUAUCUUAGGCUGACCAUAUUUUACCUGGGGGAGGAGGUUAGACGGACACAAACAGCGACAACCAUGUCGUAUUGUAAGCAAGAAGGGAAAGAUCGCAUAAUUUUUGUGACCAAGGAGGACCAUGAGGCCCCAAGCAAUGCUGAACUGGUUGCAGAUGAUCCCAAUGAUCCAUACGAAGAGCAAGGCCUCAUCCUGCCCAAUGGAAACAUCAACUGGAACUGUCCAUGCCUUGGUGGAAUGGCCAGCGGACCUUGUGGCUCGCAGUUCAAGGAGGCUUUCUCAUGCUUCCACUACAGUACGGAAGAGGUGAAGGGCUCAGAGUGCAUCGACCACUUCCGGAACAUGCAGGAGUGCAUGCAAAAGUUCCCUGAGCUCUAUCCUCAGGAGGAGGAGGACGAGAAGAAAGAAAGCUCCAAUCAACCAGACACCAACUCUGGUUCUGACUCUGCCGCUGCCCUGACCGAGGGCUCUGCCUUAUCACAAGAAACAGACUCUGUUCCAAUAAGCUCAGCUACAGAUAAUCAGGAUGCCAGCUAAGAUUAACCAGUUGUCAUCCACAGGCUCUUAAAUCUCAGUUUGCAAGCACUGCAAAGCAUUCCAGCACUGGGUUGCCCUUCUGUUGUUAAAACCUACAGAAAGGGUUUGUGCAGUGGGUGGCAUUUAUGGGUGGUAUUUGUAGGGCACCAGAAUGCUGAGCAACAGCAUAUAAUGUAAUCUACCGGAUGAUUAUGGUUUGACUGCAGCACUUGUGGUAAUUGAGGUUCACUGUGUGUUCAGAUCUGCAUUUCUUGUGUCAUGACACUGUUUGGGACACCUAGGUGCUUAUUGAUGAACUAUUUCGUCACCAUUUCUGUGCGAUCCAAUGUCCCCAGGUACGUGGAGCAAAAAGAAAACGUGAGAAGGCUUCUCAAGUUUUCUUCAACAACAAAUCUCAAUCGCUCAUCCUUACAGUUUCUAGAACGUGUUGUCCUUUGUAUCAUUUCCAUAUGAGCGUACUUGUGUGACCUAUUGUUCUUCCUUUGCUGCCAGCUUGUGGAGUUUCAACCAGCAGUCCAUUACAAAAAUAAUGAAAGAACAACCAUUUCCUUACAUGUCAUUUAUGGAAAGUACAAAUACUUUAUGCUUGUAUUUGUCAUACAUAAAGGUUUGUUCAGUUUAAGUUUAUACAGUAUUGGCCAUGUGGUGUGAACAUACUAAAAAGAGCUAGCCCUUUUUGUGAUCCCCAGUAACCGAACAAUUAAAAGUAUCCCUGGUAUGGUAUGUGGAACUAUAUUAUUAUAUUUAAUGACAAUGUUAAAUAGUUAUUUCCACAAGAAUAAUGUGUAUUAUCAUAGCUGAUCUGCGUGCUCGUGCAAGUACUACCUACCGAAUGAUUGACUCAGAUGAACACCCAAAUCAGAAGUACACGCAAAUAGACUUUUUAUAGGUCUUGCGCUCCAUGAUGCUAAAGAAGAGUUGGCCAUGGGAAACAAUCAGGACCAUCGUCUUUGUCUGCUGCUCAUUGAACAACCCUGUUGGCUGGGCAGUCAUUUCUAAAGAAUUAAACUGAGGUGGUGAAACA